CGCAGGUUUCAUUCCAUUCCGCCUUUUCUAACCUUCAGCCUCGCCAUCCAUUUUCAACCUCGCAUCCAUUUUCGAUGCCGCGCUCAACUCGCACCCACCUCGCGCCUUUGACCUUAGUUCUUCGACCUUACAGUAAUGUAACAAUACCUGUAUAACAGAACCACCUUAUAGCCCUUAACAUUAUAUCCGCCCUUACACAUGCUCAAAAAGAGAUCUCAGAAUCCAAGAAUGGAGACAGAACUAGAAGAACCUAGUGCAAUCUCAUCGGAAAAAGAAUGGUGGGAGAAUCUCCCAGCAUCUGAACUGUCAUACUAUCCUACACCCGUCACAUCUCUUGACUCGGCCUCAAUGCUGGGUAUAGGGCUCCCAAACCAAACGAUAUUCCACCUCAUACCAAAGAACACAACCAACAGUAUUUCGCACCCUAGAAAUAAGAAUCAUGAGUCCAGUUCAAUCUCUACCUUCAAAAUCGGGUUCCUCGGUGCUGCUGGUGUUGGGAAGACCUGCCUGAUCAUUACACACUCCUUCCAGUACUUCCCAAGCGAAUACAUCCCAUCAACCGUCGAUCCGCCCGCAAUAUCCACCUUCUCUAAUCCUUCGGAAAAUACUGAACUAAGGCUUGAAAUCCACGAUACAGCUGGCCUCCGGAAAUGGGAUAUUGUGCCCGACAUUCCAGAUUGGUACUCUAGCGUCGAUGUAUUCUGUCUAUUGUUCAGUCUUACGGAUGAACAGAGCCUGAACUCGUUGAGGAGGAGCCAUAGGCCGUAUAUUCAGCGCCAUGCAAUGGGACGGCCGUUUAUAGUUGUUGGGACGAAGGCAGAUGAGAGGGAGGGGUGGUGGGAGGAGAAAUGUAGUGGGUUGUGGAAAUAUUAUGAGAAAGAGAAGAAGUUUGUGCCGUUUGUAGAUGGGGUGAAGGUUGCAAGGGAGAUGGGAGCAGCUGCCUACCUUGAGUGUUCAGCAUUAAAGGGAGAGGGGGUAGAGGAAGUUUUCAGAAUACUAGUGGAAGUAGCGAUGGAACAUCGCCAGCGGGAGAAGAAAGUUGGGAAGAAGGGGUGCUUUAGACAUCGGCCGCUACAACGUUGUGCUCACGCAUAUGCUGGGUAUAAGAAAGCCAACGCGGCGGCUGUCGCCGCUACUUGUCAGGCAAGUUUCUCAAACGUCAAGCUUGCCCUCAUGUGGGCAUCAGGCGGUGCUAUCCAUUUCGGCCCCACGGCCGGCUCUGCCGAAGCCAUCAAAAUGGGCUGGUUCGCUACGAUGUGUGGACAACGAGGACAGCCAUCUCUCCCUGAGGCCAGCUGA